AUGGAGAUUCACGCAUCUGGACUCUCACCGAUCAAAAAUGGUACAUGCACUGUUCGUAGUGCUUAUUACAUGAUGAUGAAGAAGUUUGUGGAUUAUGAUGAGUUGAUAGUUGAAGGAGAUUGGAAAUUGCUUUGGAAUAUUGAUGUUUCCCCUAGAGUCAAAUUGUUCUUAUGGAGAUUGUGCAGGAACAUGCUUCCUUCAUGGGUCAAGCUUCGUACUCGUGGAGUCUCGUGCCCAAUUACAUGUUCUUUGUGCAACAUUGAUGUUGAGACCACUAGUCACAUCUUUGCUUCGUGCCAUUCAGAAGAAGCUAUUCAGUUUAUGCAAGCAAGAGGUUAUUCCCUUGUUACCUUCGAGAUGGAUUGUAAAGGAGUAGUGGAUAAAAUAAGGCGAUCCGAUCCAGAUGAGUCCGAGAUAGAGGUUCUGUUAUUCAACAUAGCAGGAACCUCCUAA